GUCUUCCUCCUCUUGCUCUUAACUUUGAACCUCCCAAUUCCUAUGACCAAAGACCAUUUCCACUCGGAUCUUCUCAGUCAAAACUCUCGAUUUCUUUCCCUCACUUUCUUUUGAUUCAAAAACAACCUUCCCUUAAAUCCCCAUAACCAUCUCUCCCUCUCCUUCCUCAUCAAGUUUCCACCUUCAGAUUCUUCCCAUCUCACUAAUCGGUCAUUACACACACGAAUCCAAAACACGAAAACUCAGCUUAGUCACGCAGUUACGCUUCUCACAAAUCUGUCUCCCCCUUGUUGUUUUGGUUGUUCCCGUCUCUGAUUGGAAACCCAGUUCUUGUUUUUAUUAUAUUUCCCGUUGGCCCGACCCCGAAAUCUUGACAGAUAAUUUUGUUCCUGUAUCUCUCAUGUGCUACUGUUAACAAAUGGAGAACUGCAAUAUACAUUGGGAACAAAGGAGUCUUGUAAAUGAGCUAGCACAAGGGAGGGAGCUGGCUAGGCAGCUACAGAUCCAUCUCAACGCUCCAUCUUCCUCUCAUGGAACCCGGGAACUGCUUGUUCAAAAGAUCAUACUAUCGUACGAAAAGGCGCUCUCCAUUCUGAAUUCUAUCGGCUCACCCUCAGGAUGUGAGCAACAACAGCCCGCAGGUCAUGUUGCAACUCGAAUGGUUGAGUCUCCGCCCCAUUCACUAAAUGGAAGCCCCUGGAGUGAGGACUCCGACCGCGAAUUCAAGGACCACGACAACAAAGAUUCCUCUGGGAAGAGGAAAACUCUGCCAAGGUGGACACAACAAAUAAGAGUUACAUCUGGUAUGGGGCUUGAGGGGCCUCUUGAUGAUGGAUUUAGUUGGAGAAAGUAUGGCCAGAAGGACAUACUUGGAGCCAGAUAUCCAAGAGGCUACUACCGGUGCACUCACCGAAACAUCCAGGACUGUUUUGCCACAAAGCAAGUCCAACGUUCGAACGAAGACCCAACGAUCUUUGAAAUUACAUACAGAGGAAGGCACACAUGUACACAAGCCUCUCCCGGCACAAGUACUCCUCCUUCACCAUCACCGUUGCGGCCCGAAGGGACAGAACCGCAGAAUAACCCAGUGGAAUCUCAACAAAAUCAGCAGCAUUCGCAACAAAACAUGCUCUUAAACCUCCCGGAAGGCCUCAGAGUCAUUAGUGAAGGGUUAGACAUUAGCGAGGAACUGUUCCCCUCCUUCAACAAUCCCUCACCACUGAACAACAAUUAUCUGGGAAGUUUUUCUCCUCCCUUUGCGGGACCUACAACUUCAGGAACAAACUAUUUCUCAAUGUCUCAGCAGGGUUUUGGAGCUGAACAAAAUAUUCAGAGUGGAGAUAUAAUCUCGCCUGCAACUUCAGCUGCCAACUCUCCAAGUGUUGGUUUGGAUUUCCCAUUUGGUCAGGAUGAUCAGUUGUUCCCCAACUUCUCAUUUGACGGUCCAGGGUUCUUUUCCUAAUUUCAUAGGCUCCCACAACACAGAAAGUGAGGGAAAUUAAUUAGCAUAUAAAAUUUUAAAUAAGCAUUUUGAAUUUUAGGUAUAUUUUCUUUGUAGCAUCGGUGAGAAACAGUAGAAGGUUGUGUAGUGUAACAUCUGUUAAGCUGUUUGAUAUAUGUUCCGUUAGGGGAAAAAGAAACUGAUAUGCAACUUUUCCAAUUUUAUUCAGAUAAACAAACUGAAUAAAAUUUUUUCUCUA